CGCGAUCCUCUCUGGCUUUCAAUUUUUCAGCUUCCCAUUGCCCAUUCCAUCUUUUCAACAUCGUCAAUGUUAUCCUGAAAAAAUACAACAUCUUUUAAAGUUGACCUUGCCAGUGACAUCGGGCUUCUCGCCCACGUCUGUCACUUCGCGCCCAUGAGAUUAGCCGCUUAUGCCGGGGCCUCAGUGGCCCUGGCUACUGGUGUUUUCCUUAAAGCCAUGCACCAGAGAGCUAAUUUCUACGCUGCUUGUGUUUAUCUCUCACAGAGCAGCGCCAAUCUCAUGAUCUUGACCAAUCUAUCCCUCCUUAUCGCUGGUUUUCUGCUCUUCUGGCUUCAGCGACUCCUUUACGGACCUUUACGACCGAUCGAAACCGAGCAGCUUUACGAGAAGGCAUGGUUCGCUGUCACGGAAACAUGUCUCGCCAUGACAAUCUUUCGGGGUGAAUUAGGGGGCUGGUUCCUGGUUAUGUUUGUUGGUCUGUUGGUCGGCAAGGUCUGGGGAUGGAUUGGUGAAGGACGCGUGGAAUUUUUGGAGCAGCAACCUCCGGCUAACCCGCGAUUGUUCCAUACUCGACUAGCAGCUUCGCUGGUCUUGUCGGUCUUGUUCAACGCUUCCAUGCUGAGAUACUGUGUCCAUACUGUCCUUGAACAGGCCCGCCCGGAUAUGAUGGUUAUGUUCGGUUUCGAGUUCGCUAUCCUGACCAUCUUAUCAAGCUCAACUGCCGCCAGAUAUUCGAUUGCUCUGGUUGAGAUCUACAUCACGAACCAGCAGAUGAAGGCGAAAGUGGAAGAACGCCGGGCGGAGAUUCGAGAGUCUAGGGAUGAAAUACUCCGACAACAUGCGCAGUCUGGUGCAGGCGGAUUCCCCUCUAACUUGCCUGAUGAGAAUGAAAUCAAUGAAAUGGAGUUGGACGUCCCCGGAUGGGAAGAAAAAGGCCGAUGGGUCUUCUAUCUCGAUCUGGUCACCGACUUCCUGAAGUUGACGGUCUACCUUACCUUCUUCGCCAUACUAUUCACAUUCUAUGGUCUGCCAAUCCACAUCCUACGCGACGUGGUCGUUACAAUCCGCUCCUUUUGCCGACGGAUUAUGGAUUUCCUGCGUUACCGCAAUGCCACCCGGGACAUGAACGAGCGAUAUCCAGACGCGACUGCCGAGGAGGUUGGAAGAGAGGACGUUUGCAUCAUCUGUCGAGAGGAGAUGAUUCCUUGGCAGCAGCCUGCAGACGCCAGACCUGGUGCUCCUCGCAGGGUUCCCGAUAGACUGCGCCCAAAGAAGCUUCCGUGUGGCCAUAUCUUGCACUUUUCCUGUCUCCGAAGCUGGCUCGAGAGACAACAAAACUGCCCUACUUGCCGACGUCCAGUUGUUGUGCCUCGAACUCGUGGAAAUCCUGGUGACGCCAACAACGUGGGCGGUAAUGGGGCCGCUGUGCCACAGCAGAACAUCCCGGGCGGAAACCAAGCUCCUGGACGCAAUGGUGGUGCUCCAGAUGGAAUGCCUAGAGCUCGGGUAUAUCAGUUCGGACCGUUUCGAAUUGGGUUCGGUGCUGGACGAGGUGAUCUGUUCCACAACCUGCACCAGCAAAUUCAUCAAAACAAUGUUCCACUGCAGCCCGCGGGCAAUGUCAACCCGCCUGGAGCACGCCAGAUUGGAUUUGGAUUUGGAUUCGGACGGCCCCCGCCUGCGGCCGCACCGCAACCUGCUACACCAACCCCCAUGUCCAACUUUUCGAACAUCCAGAACAAUUUACAGCAGAUUGAACAGCAGAUCACACAGGAAAUCAACCAGCUUCGUGUUACUGCUGAUCAACUUCAUGUUGUACGGCUUCUACAAGCAGAACUGCAGAGGCUACGGGGUCUUCAAGCAAAUACUGCCCCCGAGCCGCAUGGCACUCCUCUUCAAACCCCUGACUUCUCAUCGCCCUCAACAUCUUCGAUGACAAUGCGCCGUCAAUUUAUCUCUGAUCCUCGAGCGCCGGCUUUGAGAUCUGGGGAUGCUCGACUACCAGAGGGAGUCAGUCUUCCCCAAGGCUGGUCUCUGCUUCCUCUCCAUUCAUUUGGACAGGGGCAAGGUGAAGCGAGAACCUCUAGCACCGUUCCCACUGCCCCAGAAACGUCCUCACCCGCUCAAGAGAACGCCACUGCUCACCAGCCCAGCCCACCCACUGAAAACACGGAAAAUCAACCUCGGCAUGGCGAUGCGGUCGAUGCACCAACGCCGACAGCAGCACAAGACUUGCCUAAUUGGCAAGCAGAUGCAGUCCCAGCGGCAGCCAGUCACCGUGCUGACUCUCCAUCUCAAGAAUGGACUGAUAUAACCCCCGAUGGACCUUCUGAAAAACCUGCAGGCCUGUCUGGCACUGAAGAUCGUGCGCAUUGCGAAGGCGAAACUUCAAACAAUGAGGAGGAAUCUUCAUCGUCGUCCAAGGGUAAAGCUCGAGUAGCAACAGUGGAAGAAGCGGUGGACGAUGAGAUGUGAUAAUAGAUUGAACGAGCAUUUUAUCUUUCCAUUUCCAUUUUGCUUGUUUCCUUCAAAUGGGAAAAAUACGAAGCGGUUUGUGGCGUUUUAGCGAUUCAGAAUCAUACCCGGUUUUUUUUGACAUUUCUACCUUAUUUUUUACUCUCUCCUUGUUUAUCAUAUGGCCAUUUUGCCUCCACUCAUGUCUCUAUUGUUUACUCGACUUUCGUGUUUCUAUGCUUAGAAUCCCUCUUUGCAUUCUUGGUCAAUGAAUGAUGGUUUCUCAUCUAUGGCUGAAUACGUGCAUUUGGUCUUGUGUAACGAAGAUGAGCAUCAAUAUGAGAUGCAUAAACCCAUCUGCGACAUACCAUAGUGUAGAUGCUGGUCUCAUAGAAUUUAUGGAUUUUGACUUGGUGUAUAACAAGAAUAGUAUACCAUUUCUUGGACCAUUAGUGUAAAAAAUCAACAGACACAAGGUGAUAAUCAAG